UAGGUGUUUGAAUAUUGUUGUGAUACUACGUGAGACCCUUCUCUCCACCAGAUAGUGCUCGCUCUAGGAGUCCCGACAGCGAAACGCAGUGAAUUUAACGCGCUGAGAUUUUCACGCACCAUAUAUACAAUCAACCAGGUCAUGUUAUUUACUAAUAACGCCCACUGCUGAACGCGGAACUCACGAUUUGCUGUUGAGGAAGGUUUUUGAGAUUGCUUUUAUGCAAACUGAAGAGAACUCUACUUCCCAAGAUGUCACCAACGCAGCCACAGUGUUACGCGCUGCUUACAAAUUGUGUGUGCUCUAUAAUCACAGUACUUAUUGUCUGUGGCCAAGCAGAUAAAGUAACCACAGAUGGAAGACAGAACCGUUCACUGGGGUCCGCGCACCGCCUUGCCAGUUUACCUACUCUCCAUGUUAUUGUAGUAAAAGAGGGGGCCAGCACGCUAAUUGAGUGCAACAUCACUGGACCCCGAGAAAACAUUCAGUGGUACAAUUCCAAAGGACACAUGCUUGAUGAGCAAGAGGGAGGUGGAAAAUGGCUGAUUCAGGAUCGGGGUGUUUUAAAUAUCACAGCAAUCAGUUUUGAAGACAGAGGCCGUUACACUUGCAUCUCCUCCAGCUCUGCCGGAACCUCCAACUACACCGUAAUCUUACGCGUGGCCUACACCAACAGCGGCUUGGGCCUGUACUAUGUCAUUGUGUGCCUCAUUGCCUUCACCAUCACCAUGAUCCUCAAUGUCACACGCCUCUGCAUGGUUAGCAGUCACCUGAAGAAGACAGAAAAGGCCAUCAAUGAGUUCUUCCGCACAGAGGGAGUCGAGAAGCUCCAGAAGGCCCACGAGAUAGCCAAGCGCAUCCCCAUCAUCACCUCAGCCAAGACCAUGGAGUGGGCCAAGGUCACCCAGCUCAAGACCAAGGAGUUUGCCCGCCACAUGGAGGAGCUGGCUCGCAGUGUGCCACUUCCCCCACACAUCCUCAGCUGCAAGGCCUUUGUGGGGGAGGUAAUAGAGACAGUGAACCCUUCAGUGGGGGUGACCUGUCUUCAGCAGGCAGUGCCAGUCAGUCCAGAGGGGCAAUAUGAGUCCUGUGAUGUCAUGAUGCCAGUAGAGCAGGAGGGCCCAACAGCACAAAGCUUGAUGUACGGUGUUGAUGGUACCGGUGAAAACAGCCUGAAUAUAUCGGUGAGCGUCCACCCUACAUCAGAGUGUUAUGGUAAGAAUGAGAAGUGCUCUGAAGUGGCUAAGGUGUCUGCGCCCCUGCUGGCGCUGGGAUCCCACGGCAGUGUGGCCUAUGAGAGUAACAUCUAGUUGGGCUAGUCAGGAGGGAUAGAACACCAUUCAGCCAAGGCCAUAGCAUAUGAUUCACAUAAUUUUCAUACUCAUCAAACCAUUCAGUGACCCCUCGUGCCCUCUGGAUGAGGCCAUUGCCAUCCUAGAAGAGAUCCAAUAAUGAACCCUCUUUCCUCUUGCCAUCUUGAUCUAAAAUCGAGGUGAGGCCAACUGGGCCGGCUCUGCAUUUUUAUACAUGCCAAGCUCAUGAUAGGAAUUUGAAUUGCUUAAUUGUAUCAUUAAUGUACUUUUGUAUGGAAACAUCUGCAUUAAGUUUGUCCACUCAUUUAUUCAGGGCUUGGUGAAGGGUGAAGAAUAUUAUUUUAAAUCCAUGAGCUGUGGUGAUAUGAAAUAUUGUUGACACAGUACAGCAAAACAGUCUAAAUGUUGGUGUAGUGCCCAUCAGUUAUGAAUGUUUCAAUAUCUGUAUUUACAAAUGAUUUUUACGGUUUGUUACUUAGAAUAUGAAAGAGCACCAAAAAUGAUGCUAACCAUGAGCCUUACAGUCUGUAUAGUCCUAUCAGGGCCACAAGAAAUCAUUGUUUGCUAACAGGCUACUUGUCACGCAUCUGCUCUCUAUUUGCACAAUAUAAACCGCAAUGUAUGGAAUAAGUUUGUUAUGGCUUUGUUGGAUUCUGAAGGUUUAUAUUAGAAAAUACCCUUGUAUGGUAUGUUCCAACCUAUGGUCCAUGGGCCUAUUCUUAGAGCCUAUGACUGUCACAUGGACAACUCCUAUCAGGAGGUAUGGACAGGAUGUAUGGAUUGGAUGUGUGGGGGCCUGUCAGUAACGGGCAUCACGUCUUAUCUAUUAUCCUUUGUUCAGAGUUAGUCAGCACUUAUGCAUUGUGUCAAGUUUCUCAUGGCCAUAAUCUCUCAGCUUCCAAUUCCUAUAUGGCCUCUGCUGCUAGAUGCCUAUACAGGGAGGGUUUGGGUACCUGUUGGACAUUUGGAGCAUUGUUGAAACAUCAGAGGGGAGUGUUGAUUGUUGAAGCUAAAGGGUAACCAUGGAACUUUGGAAGGUUUAUACAUAAAUGUGUACACUAUUUACUUUGACGUUUAAAGUCACAUUGAAAUAACUACUUUAAUAAUUUCUCGAACACUGCUGUUUAUUUUAUUUUUUUAAUCUGAAAUGCAUAUAUUCCUUUUUUGUACUGGAUCUUGGGAGAUUGACUCAAAGUCAUCCAAAAUCAUGCGGUUUCAUUACUCUGAAUAUUAAUCUGCAAAUAAAAUAAACUGUGAAUGUUUUAAUAAAUGUAUUUAAAUAAUC